AUGCUCGGGUCGCUGCGGGACACGUUGGCCAGCGUGCAAAACGAGCUGGCAAGCGGCACCGAAAAAUUCGGGCAACGCUUUGACCGUUUUUACGGGCAGCUGGCCGAGAAAGUCAAUGGGACCGCCGUGGAACGCCUGCGCAUCAACGUGGUGCCAUCUUCGAUGACCCAGCAACGAUGCCCGAUCGAGACGGUGAACGAGCUGUUG